AAGGCCUUCACCAUAGUAACGGUGGUAAAUUCUCCAGCCCGACCACAGUGAGAGUGAGUGAGACGAAGGCAGGCAGCUCCCUUUUGCCUUAUCCUCCAAACACACACAUUCCUCAUCAUGGCGGCCACGGAUGUAGACAUAUUUUCUAAUGAAGAAAAGCGUAACCUCAGCCUUGGUGGUCAUGUCGGCUUUGACAGUUUGCCUGAUCAGCUGGUCAGUAAAUCAGUGACUCAGGGUUUCUGCUUCAACAUCCUCUGUGUGGGAGAGACGGGCAUCGGCAAGUCUACAUUAAUGAACACCCUUUUUAACACCAUGUUUGAAAACGAGGAGGCCAGCCAUUACCAAAACGGUGUGUACCUGCGGCCCAGAACGUACGACUUGCAAGAGAGCAACGUCCACCUAAAACUGACCAUCGUCGACACGGUGGGCUUUGGGGAUCAGAUCAACAAAGACGAAAGCUAUAAACCUAUUGUGGAUUAUAUCGACACACAGUUUGAAAACUACCUGCAGGAAGAGCUGAAAAUAAAGCGUUCCCUCUUCAACUACCACGACACCAGGAUUCACAUCUGCCUGUACUUCAUUUCUCCGACGGGACACUCGCUCAAGUCCCUGGAUUUAGUCACGAUGAAGAAGCUGGACAGCAAGGUGAACAUCAUCCCUAUUAUCGCUAAAGCUGACACGAUUUCCAAGAGCGAGCUACACAAGUUCAAGAUAAAAAUCAUGAGCGAGCUGGUUAGCAAUGGGGUUCAGAUCUACCAGUUUCCCACAGAUGAUGAAGCCGUCACAGAAAUCAAUUCCUCUAUGAACGCCCAUCUUCCCUUUGCUGUGGUGGGCAGUGUCGAGGAGGUGAAGGUGGGCAAUAAGACCGUGAGGGCCAGGCAAUACCCAUGGGGAGUCGUUCAAGUGGAGAAUGAGAGUCACUGUGAUUUUGUGAAGCUGCGGGAGAUGUUGAUCAGAGUGAACAUGGAGGAUCUGCGAGAACAGACUCACGCCAGACACUACGAGCUCUACAGGCGCUGUAAACUCGAGGAGAUGGGCUUCAAAGACACCGACCCGGACAGCCAGCCCUUCAGUCUACAGGAGACGUAUGAAGCCAAAAGGAAGGAGUUUCUGGGAGAUCUGCAAAGGAAGGAAGAGGAGAUGAGGCAGAUGUUCGUUAAUAAAGUGAAGGAGACGGAGGGCGAGCUGAAGGAGAAGGAGAGAGAGUUACACGAGAAGUUUGAGCAGCUGAAGCGCAUGCAUCAGGAGGAGAAGAGGAAGGUGGAGGAGAAGAGGCGGGAUCUGGAGGAGGAGAUGAACUCCUUCAACAGGAGGAAAGUGGCGGCCGAGACGCUCUCGCUCUCACAGCCGCUCAAGAAGGACAAAGACAAGAAAAAUUAAUUUAUGAGCUCAUCGCAGGCCAUCCAUGGACUUUCCUUCAUUAACGUUGCAACAUCAGCUUUUGUUUUUUUGACAUGUUCCUCGUGACAUUGUGUUAAAGGACCAAAGAUCCUGACGGGAAGACCGAGAGAUGCAUUAUGGGGACUCAUUUGCCACAUUUGUUUGGGGGGGUGAAUGUCAUUUUUUUUUUGUUUCAACCCCAUUUUAUGGUUGUUGUUUUUUUCUUUUUUACACAGUUAGUUUUGGUACUAAUCAUCUGUUGAUUUGUCUUACAGUCAGGCCAAUGUUGUGACGUACAUGUUUCCCUUGCCAACAGUUGUACAGUAGUAUUUCAGAUCUGAGCCAAACUCAUUAGCACAGCAGUGAUGAAACUAAUGCACACAUGUGUAUGAUUUUAUUAUUAUAUAAGCCUGCAUGGGUAUGGCUAAAUAAAGCAGUCUUAACAGUUAUUUUGGUGCAGUUUUUAAAAGUACAUGACAACAGAUAUGCAAAUUAUAUUUUUUGUAUUGUAGACAGAGCAUAAUGCGAUAUGGCAUUCAGAUUAUAUUGUUUAUCAUCCAAGCCAUACUGUAGAGGUAAAGACAACUUCAUUUGCAUAAGGGGAAAUGUUGUAUCAGCUGACAUUGAAAAUAAACACUCCCCUGAUUUCCUUGAA